CUUUUCAGGAACUCAAAGGCUUGCUCAGUGAGAAAAGGCGACACUCUGGUGGAGAUGAGGUUCGACUUCAUAGAGCCGAGUCCUCUGGCCUCCUGCCUUCCUCCCCGCUCUGUGUGUCACAGGACGGUUGGGGAUUAAGAAGUGGAGGAGAGGAUAUGCAAGACAAGUUGUUGUACUCGUGUUGCACAGCAGAGGGCGGCAUUGAUCAGGCAAUUCAAAGCUCCUUGGAGUACUGGGUAUGCCCAGAUAACCAGCACAAUGUGGCCGACUGUCCCCUUACCCCCCCUACCAGCCUUCCUGCGACUCCAGUAACCCACGUGCCUUGUCCAGUCGUGCCUGUACUGGGAUCUGUAGUGAAGCCCAUGAUACCAAGCCCGAUGACUGAUACCUGUAGUCCCAUAACGUCCAUGUGCAGUCCCACUGGUUCAGCCUGGGACUCUCUCAGAUCCACAACCUGGAGUCCUGGAAGCUCUGACCAUGAUCCUGUCAGUGCUGCGGCUCACCUGCAUCUGUUGGGGGAGUCCUUGUCCCUUAUUGGACAGCAUCUUCAGGGGACAACUAAAACCGUGAGUUUGCCGAGUGGCUUGUCCCUGCUCCUGGACUCUCUGCUGUGUGCCCUGGUUCCUCUGAUCUCCCUCACCUCACAAAUACCAGAGCUGAGGAGCUGCACGCAGCACACACUGGCCCCCACUCUGGAAAACAUUAACUAUUUGAUGCCCGGGCUGUGAGUGAUGACAAUGAACACACGAGCGGGUUUCAGCCCUUAUUGGUAAAAUGAAAGAUACCAAAUGUUAGUUUACAUUUAAAGAAGUAUGAGAUCUCUUUUGUUCUCGUAUAAGUUUAAUUGCACUUUAAAAAUAAUUUAAGUUGGAUCACAAAGAUUGAAGUUAAGUUAAGUUGGUCAGGCUUUGUUGUUUGAUUGUUCAGUUUAAAAGAAGAAGAGAAGAGGCCCUGAUAGGACAUCAACGACACUUAUAUCGAGUCUCUGACAUGAGCUUGAAUUUAAACUCCGAUAUGAAAUGGGAGGGGGAAAAGAACUGCAUAGGCUUUUAAUAAUAGCCGUGUGUUUGACAGCAUAUAGCCUACAGUCAUAGAAAUCACUUAUCAAUGUCUGUGAAUACUUGUUUAAAUGCAUGCAUGCAAGUCUGAUGACAUCAGCAUGAACCAGGAUUGAUGUGUGAGUGUGUGAUGGUUUGCACUCUGUUAAUAAGAUCUAAGUUUACAUGACCCAUGCUCUUGUGUCACACUUACUAUACACUUAGAAAAUGACCUACAAACUGACCACAGGUUCGCACUUAAGUCAUUACUCACUAUUGUUAUGUAACGAUAAUUACAUAAUAUACGGUCUAUUAUGUAUCUGUAAUUGCUCUACAGUCAUUUAAAUCAACAGUUUUCUGUUUUUUAUAGAGAGCACAAGCAGUAAGUCACCUGCUCUAAAUGGUCGAGGCUUGAUGUUUCAUAAACUAUGUGAGCUGAAACUCAACUACGAUCAUCCAUAUGACCCACAACACAAGCAGACUCCUGCUCCACUUUGAAUAUUUACACUGAGAACUUGUCAUGAUCUAUCUGUAACGUGCCAUCUGGCCUGAUUGAGGACGACAACGGCAGCGUAAGAAAAUAUUUUAAUGAAGCCAGCUAUGAACCUUAACGAGUAUAAACCCUGACAGACGGCUCAUUAGAGUGUCAUCCAUGAGUUUUGACACUUGUCCAGGGUGUGGUGGAUAAAAACUUAAGGUACAAUGAUUCACAUGUUGCCCCGGGUCACACCUCCUCCGCCCCAUCUAGGAAUGCUAAGCAGCAGCCUGCAGACAACGAAACUCGUUGUGCAUGCUAAAACAUAUCGAAAGACUGUGUUCAUGAUGUGCUGCGUGUCCUGAACAUUUGGGAGUGGUGAGACAGGUAGCUCUGUGAGACUCCAAUCCUGUCCUGCGUAGGCAGAUUUGAACGUUUGACGACUGGGUGUCGACAUGUCAUGAAGUUGUCCGGGUGAGAGACAGAAGAGCACACAGAGACGACGAUACAGAAACAAGGCUCGAAAGGAAAUCCAACAUUUGACUAUGAGUGAAAACUUCAGUGGGAGCUACUACGGCUCCUCGCCCCCAGAGCUGAGACUGGUUCUUUUAGGAAACAUCGGAUGUGGAAAGACGUCGUCAGCAGACACCAUCCUGGACCAGGUGUCUCCCAUCUCUCCCAGUGCCUCCAGGACCUGCCAGCUGAGGCAGGGCGUGUCCGAGGGCCGGAGUGUGACCCUGGUGGAGGCGCCGAGAUGGUACUGGUCAGGAGGCAAGAUGGAGGACAGUGUCAGGGAGGAGACGGAGCGAGGGAUGACACUGGUAGCACCUGGUGCACAUGCUAUUCUGCUGCUGGUGCCUGUUAGCCAGUUCACAGAGAUGGAGGGUCGUGUGCCUGCAGAGCUGCAGGAGUUGUUUGGGACGGAUGCUCUGGAUCACACCCUGGUCCUGCUGACCUGUGGGGACUACUUGAUGGGAAGAUCAACAGAGGAAUAUUUGCAGAAAGAACACCCAGGCCUGAGGCAGGUCAUCGAGAGCUGCGGGGGGAGGUACCAUGUGAUCAAUAAUCGUCAGCCACGGGACAGACAGCAGGUCGGUGAGCUGCUGGAGAAGGUUGAAAAUAUGGUGCAGAAAAACGGGGUUUAUCGCUUGAAGUCGGCCGAGGAGAGAGAGCUGGAGAAACGGGUGAACGACAGAAAGAGGGAACUCAUGGAGAGUUACAGAGCUCAGAAGGAGAAGAGACAGACCGACGCGGCGACCAGUCUGUCAAACAGAGACCCAACGAGGUCUUUUGACAGAGCAGAGGAGAACAGCACCUUUUUGGAAAGGAGGAGAAGAGAAGAGGAGGUGGACGCGAGAGUGAAUGUGAGGCAAGUGUCCAACGGGCUUCAUUCAGCGCAGACACCACAGUCAGACUCAGAGCCACAGGGUGAGACGGAGCUGAGGAGGAGGCCCAGUUUCAAACUCAAUUCAGAUGGAGCCAUACUCUCACAAUUGUCCGACGGUAACACAUCUCCAAAAGUUGUCACUACAUUGCACCACAGAAUCAACAGCGCCGAAGAGUGGUCCCCCGAGGGGUCUCCGACCUCCGCUCCUCAUUCUCCCGUCUUCACCUCCACCCCCUCCUCGCCCGCCUUCACUUCCUCCUCCUCCUCACCUUCCUCAUCGUCUCCUGAGCUACGUCUGGUGCUGCUCGGGCGAUCCGGAGCAGGCAAGAGUGCAGCCGGAAACAGCAUACUCGGGCGGGAGGAGUUUGAGUCCCGGCCCGAGAGCCUCACAGCGAUCACUCGGGAGUGUGAGAAAAAGAGAGCUGUGGUUGAAGGAAGACGGUUGGCCGUGGUCGACACCCCAGACUGGUUCAACACAGAGCGAACUCCAAAUGAGGUGCGAGCACAGAUCUCGUCCUGCGUUGCUUUGUCCAGUCCCGGUCCUCACGCCUUCCUGAUGUGCGUUCCUUUAGACCAGCCUGCAAAGACCGAGCUGCAGGCUCUCAGUGCCCUUGAGUCUGUGUUUGGCCCUGAGGCGGUCGAGAGACACACUCUGGUCCUCUUCACUCAUGUCGACCGACUGAGGGAGAGCGGGAAGCUGGGAAAUGACGACGUUGAAGCAUACAUCGCCGGUCAGCGAAGGGAUCUGUUAAAGCUGGUGGAGAAAUGCGGGGACAGAUUUCAUGUGAUGGAAUCCGAAGGGGGUUGGAGGGUGAGCAAGAACGUGGCGGAGCUGCUGGAGAAGGUGGAGCAGACGGUGAGGGAAGCUGGGGGACAGUGUUACUCUUGUCCAGCUUUUCAGGAGGCUGAGAACAAAGUGUGGCAGAGACAAGUGGAGAUAGCAAGGGAGAGAAGGGGGACAAGAGGACAAGAGGAAGAAACGGGGGAAAAUGUUAGUCAGCUCAGCUCUGACAGGCGGGCGCCUUAUUCCUAUAUGCAGCCUGUGGCCGAGGCAGAAGAGGAAGUGAGAGAGGAUGAGAUUGAGGAAACAAGGGAUGAGGCGGAGAGGAGUGUAAGCACCAUGAACAUCGAGAGCCUUCCUCCCGUGACGCUCUCCAACAUAUCACCAUCGCUCCUCAGUUCUGUUAUGGAGAAAUUGAGGUCCAGUGCACACACUUUACCCAAGCUGAUGACAGAUAGCUCUGUGUGGGUCGGCGAGGGAGCGAAGAAGGUGAAAAGCAGUCCAGUGUGGGGGAAAGUGGGCAGCGGAGCACAAAGCGUCCAAAAGAUGGUAGCUGACAGUUCUGUGUGGGGAAAGGUCGGAGCCAGUGCCGGACAUGUGUCCAAACUCGUGGGAGAUAGAGUUCCCAAGGUAGUGGUGGACAGUUCUGCAUGGGUGGGCUCCGGAGCAAAGGCAGCAGCAGCCAGCCCGAUGUGGGGAAAAGUUGGUUCUGGGUCCAAACUAGUGGCCGACAGCUCCAUGCGUGUCGGAGCUGGGCUCGGAGCCAGGGCAAAGGAUUUGGCCAAGAGUCCCAUAUGGGGAAAAGUAGGAUCUGGAGCCAAAACUGGUGCUAAACUGAUGGCUGACGGCUCGGUGAGAGUCGGAUCUGGGAUCAGCGUCGGUGCAAAGAGGGUGGCACAGAGUCCAGUGUGGGGGCAGAUGGGCUCUGGGGCCAAAGCGGGAGUCAAAAUGGUGGCUGACAGCUCAGCGUGGGAGAAAAUUGGGAACACUGCUAAACAGGUGCCCAAGCUAGUCAUAGCGGGGGCUUUGCUUGGUCUGGUUCUCGGUGUGCUUUUAGGCGGGGUGCUUGGCGGAGCUAUCGGUGCAGCGGCAGGGUCUGCUGCAACUGAGGUGGGCAGACGAAAAUUCAGCAAAAAAGAUCCACUUGAAAAUGCGGAUGGAGCAGCGAAAAAUUUGGAGAGAACAGUGAACGACAGCGUGGACUCUCUGGUCAGACAAGGAGGGAAAGUGCUAAAAACUGAAUAACUGAAUGCAUAAAAAAUGCAAAAAGGUUUUAUUUUGUUUGAAUUCAAUCAUCAGAAUGUGUACUUCCAAUGAUGAUCUUUAAUGAUCUUUAAAACAGACACUUUUCAAUCCUCAGGGUUAAUUUGCCUCAGGAUUAUUACCAACUUCAAAUAUCUAAUAGCAGAACGACAGAAGCGACUUUUAGCCACGACUUUUUUUGUUUUUAUGCUUUUCUUAAAUAUUGUUUGCAAAACGCUUCAAACGCUGUCAGACAAUAGUAGUUCAUAAUAUGCAUUUUGUAAAAUGUUUAACCUCACAUGAUAAUUUCCUGAUCAUCACCAAGUUUGUUUAGAGUUAAGAAAAUAAUACAAUUGUAUAAAGCCUGAAUUUAACUGUAAUCUUUGUCAGUGUUUCAUUAAAAGAAAAAAAUCCUAAG